GGCUAAGAGAGCGCUGGGAAACAACUCGUCGGACUUGUGCCUUGUGUGCGUCGACCAUUUCACGCCAGUGACGCGUCGUUCGAUCGUGUGGAAUUUCACGAUCAUACGCCAAACGUUUGGUUUUUCAAAAACGAGAGGCGAAAAUAAGAGAUAACGUCAGUGAAAUCGGUCGACCUGUAACAUUGUUUUUCUUAGAACAAAUUUCUUGUGUUAUCAAGUGAAAUAAUUCUCAACCUAGAUGCAUCGAAAGACUUGAAUAUAUCGUAGGACCUCGAGAUCGUGAGACUGGGAAGUUCAUUCCGUGUUUACAAUUGAAAGAAAAUAGAGUAAGAGGAGUAAAAGAAGAUCGAAAUAAAAGUGCUCCGUUACCUAGCCAAACACCACGCGUUUGAGAGACUUGCUUCAGAUAAGGCACAACAUACAACAAGAUGUUUGAUGUUUUUGGUUCUGUGAAGGGCUUACUGAAGCUCGACUCGGUAUGCAUAGACAACAAUGUGUUUCGAUUGCACUACAAGGCUACGGUAGUCAUCCUAAUUGCCUUCAGUCUCCUAGUUACAUCGAGACAAUACAUCGGCGAUCCGAUCGACUGCAUAGUGGAUGACAUACCUCUAAACGUGAUGGAUACUUACUGUUGGAUCUAUUCAACGUUUACCAUACCGAACCGCGUGGGUAGAAUCGGUACAGAUGUCGUCCAACCGGGCGUUGCAUCCCACAUAGAGGGUACCGACGAAGUCAAAUACCACAAAUACUAUCAGUGGGUCUGCUUCACGUUAUUCUUUCAAGCGAUACUAUUCUACGUACCCCGUUACUUGUGGAAAUCGUGGGAGGGCGGUCGCAUCAAGAUGUUGGUUCUUGACCUGAACUGUCCCGUUGUAAGCGACGAGUGUAAAGCAGAUCGUAAGAAGUUACUAGUGGAUUACUUCACGACUAAUAUGCAUACGCAAAAUUUUUACGCGUUCAGAUUUUUCCUAUGCGAAAUAUUGAACUUCGUCAACGUAGUCGGUCAAAUAUACUUCAUGGACUUCUUUUUGGACGGUGAAUUCACCACCUACGGAUCCGAAGUCGUUAGAUUCACGGAAAUGGAACCGGAAGACCGGGUGGAUCCGAUGUCUCGAGUUUUUCCCAAAGUCACCAAGUGCACCUUCCACAAAUAUGGUGCUUCUGGUACAAUACAGAAAUUCGACGGACUCUGCGUUCUACCCCUGAACAUCGUUAACGAGAAGAUAUACGUCUUCCUUUGGUUCUGGUUCAUCAUCCUUGCCGUCCUGAGCGGACUCAGCCUCGCCUAUCGCGCCGCCGUUGUUGCUGGACCAAAACUACGGCUGAUCCUUCUCCGCGCCAGAGCUCGCCUAUCGCCCCAUACACAGAUCGAAAUCAUAGCUCGCAACUGCCAAAUCGGUGAUUGGUUCGUCCUAUACCAGCUGGGAAAGAACAUAGACCCGUUGGUCUACAAGGAAUUAGUGGCCGAUCUGGCCGACAAGAUGAUCGGCAAAGAGUCCGUUUAAAUCGAUUAGAUUUGAUUAAUCGUUGAUAUUAGAGUUGCCACGCCAGGUCAAAGGUAUCUCUGUUCCAAAUGACCAAUGCUGAAUUUGAUAACGCGAUUGCGAAAUACCGAUCAAUCCAAUGUUGAACGAGUCCCUAGACUUUGGCGUAAGCUCUAAUUGUGAUAAAUACAGGGGACGGCGUCCUUUCGAUUCGAACAAUUUUUCGCAAUUAUUAAAAAUUGUAAAUCCUGAGAUCAAACUAUAGGUAACCGCACCGCUCCAUGAAUUUCCGACGAAACAGGGAGGAAAGAACAAAACAUUAGGGAAUAGAAAAUUUAUCAAGGGGGGUUAUAACCGAUUCGUAUCAUACGUCGUGGGUAAGGCUACGGCAGAGGCUACGGAAUAAGUAAAUAAAGGUUUGAAAAAGGUGGCGGUACAGUCGGACAGAUGGUUGGUUGGUUGGUGCGCUUCCCGAUCUCGUAGUCUGCGCCCUUCUGCCGGUCGUUGUUUCUCUUUCGCUUGCACACCGGCUGCGUAUACGCGUUGCACGUUAUACACGGUGCCUAUCUUUGUUUGCGCCCUUGCGUCCUUAAGUUCUUGGAAAGGCACGGUUUACAACCGAAAGCAAAGAUAUAAGGCGGCCCUUUGUCACAGCCAGGCAUUUCAGCGGUUCUCAUCGUGCGUUUUUUUCUUUUUUUUUUUUGAUUUUGAUUUUUAUUGUCUCGGAAUCAACUAAAGACACGGACUUUCGACACGCAUUGUACGAAUACGUAUACGCUGAUCUUAUAUCUCUCUUUGUCGUGUGCGUAUUUGCAUUCAGUAAACUUUUGCGUGUAUCGCAUCGCGCGUAUUUCAUUGUAUUACAGAUGCAACAGACAUACAAGGACUGAUGUACGUAUAAGUAUCGCAGCCCUUAUUUUUUCGUGAAUCACAUUCUUUGUUUCUUUUCUUAUCUUUUCUUCUUUUUUGCGGAUCAACUGCGGCGCGCCGUCCUCUAGUAACGUUAAUUUUUUAUCGUAGUAAUCGCUAUAAUCUAUACUAUUUUAUUAGUAUCUAUUCUAUAUCUUAGCCUUCAAGUUUUCAUUCCACGAGGGACCAAUUAAUUUAUGAUAUGAUACGAUUGAUGAUUAUAUUUUCAAAUAAAACUCCGGAUACUUUUUCAUUUUUAUACGUGAAAAAGUUCGGCAGUUUGUCGUUUCCAUGUAUACUGAACUUACUACUUGAAAACAAACUUUCGAACAAAUCUUAGCACUCUCUAGACGAGAAACGAGAAAUUUCUUCAUUCUGUGUUCAAAUUGCGAUUGGUAGCUGCGAAUACCAAAAUAAUACGAAUUGAUACAUGAAAGAGGGGAUGUGAUGGUAGACAAAAAAAAAAGAAUGGACGAAUAUUUUCGAAAUUUGAUGCUCAAAGUAAGACUGCCAGAAGUGCACACUCCAUCGUUUUUUAUCCUAUAGAAUUUAUAUACAAAUAUACACGAAUAAUAAUAAUUAUAGGUAAAUCGAUGAUAAUCCAACAUGAUGAUAAUGAAAGUGGUGUAAAUCGCGUAAUAGUUUUAAUAAUCGAAUGCGAGAUUAUUAAAAUCACUCUUACGUGUUUAUUUGAACACGUCGGGUAUUCUUUUUUUCAUUCUUUCUUUCCUUUUUCCUUUCUUUCAUCCAUUACGCCCAAGUAUUGUUUUUUAGACGCACAAAAUAAUUAGAAUUAUAUUAUUAAAUAUUCUUAUAUAAUAUUAUCUUUUUAUCUUGUAAUUCUUAUUAUCAAUGGUAUUUUAUAUAUAUGUAAAUAUAUAAAAAUGUUCACCGCGUUAUCACAAACUGUAGUUUUGAGGUAUAUACUAUAACGAUAUAGCAAGAGAAAAUAUACUCAAACCAAUUAUCAACCCCCCAUGUUAUGUUCUUUUUCAUUAUUUUUAUUUGUAAAGUUCACAUCAUCACACCUUAUAGUUUAGGUGCUCAACGGCUACACUCGAUCAGGUGAACAUUAAUUAUAUCUAAUUCAAUUAUUACCGAUUCCCCCCCUGCCAUACAAGUUUCUAUAUUUUCUAGAUAUUAUUAAACACAUUUAAUUUAAGAUAUUUCACGACUACACAAUUCAUCGUUUAUAUAUAGAAUUAAAUAUCUAUAUAUAUACAUACAUAUAUUAUAUACUAUUUAAAUGUGUUCUGCCAAGUGGAAAACAUCAAAAAAGUAGUGCGCUUCAUGCUCUAAAACAUUAUUAGAAUUAAGAUCCGAUAGAUUGCAAUAAUAGCAACAGUGAUAGUUGAUGACAAUAGUUUAUCUAGAUAGUAUUAGUCGAAUAAAAAUAAAUAAAUGAAUGAAUAAAUAAAUAAAACAACAUGAUGUAAGAAUAAAAGAAAUAUCAUUUUUUUCUUAGUCUUUCGAAAAACAAAAAUCAAAAAAAAAUACAAAAAAGAAGAUAAAACCCAGAAAAACAGGUUACAUAAUUUUUCUACUUACAACAACCUUGAGACUCCUCUGCAUCUUCACUUAUUUCUUAUCAAAAGGAUUUCAUAUUCACUUAUACACAUAUGUUCACAGUGUAUAACUACAUCUAUGUCGUACUUAGAUACCGCAUUAUUGAAUCACAGCUUGGUAAAAAAAAAAAACCAACUGCUGCGAACUAUGAUGUCUGGUUCGGACCUCAACUGCUGCAACGAAUGAACAUUCAAAUUUUCAAAUAGACAAACAAAUACAAAUGGCAGCUUUUUUCAUCCCUUACUUUUUUUUUGUUUUUCGUGCGGGUAUACUCGUAGAUAUUGGGUUAGAUGCAAUUUUUCAUGUACCUAUCUGUCUUUUUACUUACUGCGAUAUAUACCACUCAUUUAUUAUUACUAUACAUAUAUGCAUAAAUACCCGCAAUUUCUUUCGCUAUUAUUACAAUUAUCAUUAUCACCAUUAUUAUUAUUACUGUUAUAAUAAUUAUUAUUAGUAUUAUCAUCAUCAUCGUCACUAUUUUACUACCAUUGUCUGUCAAGUCCGUGCUUUGGGUUGAGAUUAUUGUAAUAAAUAUUACAACAGCUUUUUUUUUUUGUAACAGGAUAACUUUGAGGGCAUGUGAUGUCGAUGCCAUGCAAGUUAAUAUCUCCAAUUAUUACUUUUUUUUCGGUCGUCGAUAACCAACCGAGAUAACAUAGUUUGUAAGCGUAAAAGACAUAAAAGGUGAAAAAAACAAAAAAAAAAAAAUCAAGACGCCCGGUAAAUUAUGAAAUAAUGUUUCGUCGAUUAUUAAUUAGCCUUUGGGAUUGAGUGAAGACUGGAAAGUAAAAUAAAGUAUAAUAAAAUGAAAUGUAUAAUUACGAUAAAUAUAUUAAUCGUUCACGGGGAUAAUAAAAUGCGUGAAUUUUUUAACGCAAGUUCUGGUGAUAAUAACCCUGUAGUAGAAUACAUAUACAGAGGAAGGCGGGGCAAAACUGGGUCCAUAAGGAAUCAAUGCGAAAAGAAAAGAAUUUUAAUCUAGAACUAUGUUUCAAGUUAUAUUUUUCAAAAAAAAAUUCACAAAAUCUCGGGGUACUCCAUUCUGCCCCGCUACCCGAAAUUGCCCCGCGUUCCCCUGUAUACCAAACAUUCCAUUAUAUUUUAAUAUCCUAAUGAAUAACUAGAAAACAACUAAAAUACAAUAAUAAAGGAAAUAUAGAUAUACAAUUAUAGGAGUAGAAAAGUUGUAAAGAUAAAACUUAUAAUGCCGAUUAAAAUUGAAUAAAGACAACUUCAUUUAUGUGACAAUAA